AGAUAAUGCGCACUCAUUCACGUCAUUCACGUUGCAGUUCCCUUGGAGAGUGCCGGACUGAUAUUUUCUUGCGGUUAAGUAAAAUGAAAUUACCAAGUCGAUUUAUUUUGCAAAGCGCUAUUUUUGUUCUGUUUCUCUACGAUUCAUUUUGCGCGCCAUCACAUUCAAACCGAAAACGGAUAAAGCAUCAGGUUUCAGUUGAAACUAAAGAGUAUCCUGUUUCUAAUAUUGGCAAUUUCAUUUGCACGACGACACAAGACCUAAGUGAAAUUCCCUUGGGGGGAUUACUACAAGAAUUUAAAUAUCUGGGAGAUCAUUUCGCAGCACAUUCUCUUGAGGCGACCCAACUAAACCAAACCAUUCUAAUUCGAGUAAAAGCCGUAUGGAAAAGUCUGGUUGGCAGAAGUGCGAUUAUAUCGUUCGAUUCCGACGGUUCCGACAUUAUUUGGAAAGCAUUAAGGAAGGGCAUGGCUCGAAUACUUUUCGUUGCCAAGGAACGCCUCUGCGAGUCUCCGGAUGAAACGUUUUUCAACGGACAAUGUCUUCCUAUUGACAGUAGUGAACACUGCCCAUCAGAAAAUAUGUCACUAGUGGACGGACCAGAUAAUAAUGGAUUUUGUGACUGCUUAGACAUAAAAGGAGAGAACGGUUUAAACAUUAUCUUUUCCGAUCAAACUGGCCGAUGCUAUUCACAAAAUAUUCGGGGUCCUUGCAAGUCUGGCGAAUGGUUUGUGCUGAAGGAGAUUCCCCGCUGCGAAUCGAUUCCAAAUGAAUGCCCGGAUGAUGGUCGACACGUCUACGGAAAUAUGAAAGUUAAUUUCACUUCGGAUUCUUCUUCAGAAGCAGGUUGCUGGGAAAUAGGAAGAACAUGUCCUGAUGAAGUGUCAGUAGUGCAGGUGCAGCAAGACGACUACGGAAACUUGGAUGUAUUUUGCUCAUAUGACUGGAGGCUACGCCUCAAACAACUUAUGGAUUUGGUGCAAGUGUUCAAAUAUCUGACAGUUCAUUUUACAAAUUCUGUUGAGUCGAACCAACUAGUAAACCAAACCCUUCUAACUCAAGUAAAAGACGUGUGGCAACGUCUGGGCGGCAGCAGUGUUUUAACGGAUGCUUUGGAUCUUUUAGAUGACGUCACUCAGUUAGACCUGAAAAAGAACAUGGCUCGAAUACUUUUCACUGCCCGGGAACGCCCCUGCGAGUCUCCGGAUGAAACAUUUUUCAACGGACAGUGCCUUCGUGUUUACAGUGAUGAACUAUGUGGAAAUAUGGGUCAUGCACAAUUAGUCGACGGACCAGAUAACAGAGGGUUUUGUGAUUGCUACCGCACAGGAGACAAUAAUUUAAAGCAAAUUUUUUCGCAUCAAACUAGUCAAUGCUAUUCACAAUAUACUCGGGGUCCUUGCAACGUUGGAGAAUGGUUCGUGCUGAAGGACAUUCCCCUUUGCGAAUCGAUUCCAAAUGAAUGUCCAGAUGAUGGUCGACACGUCUACGGAAAUAUCAAAGCCAAUUUCACCUCGGAUCCUUCAACAGAAGCAGGUUGCUGGGAAAUAGGACAAAAAUGUCCUGAUGAAAUGUCAGUAGUGGAGGUGAAGCAACAUAAAGAUAGAAACUUUGAUGUAUUUUGCUCAUUUUAUAAUGAAUCCACAUCCAACAGCGGGCAGUUUGGAUGGACUGGUAUUAAUAGAUUUAUUCCAAAGUCCUUAGUUGUUCAAAAGCCAUGUCGUAAAGGUUUGCUGAGUAGCAGAGACGGCAAUUGUGUGCGUGGGUAUUUUGGGUAAAAACGAAAUUAUUGUUGUUUUGAAUUUGAAUGUCCGUUGGAAUUACUUUAACUCCAUAUCCACAUCCAUAUCCAUAUCCACAUCAACUUCUCCUUCUGGCCUUCUGGUGAAAUUUUUUGACGAUCAUUUAAUACAUGAUAUACAUCAGUA